AUGGUUCCUGGCACCUCAAAAGCCGACGAUUAUGCGUAUGCUGUGCGACCCAAAGCCAAAGUAGAGUACGCCGAGAACGACUUCCGCGAGCAUACGACAGUAUUAGAGUCCACUUUUGCUAUAGGCUACCAGCAGCUGUGGCUGUUCGCCCUUGGGAGAUUUCCGCAGAUGAGCAGCGUGACCACUCUAAUGGAAUCCGACCAAGGCCGGCCAAAGGCAACGACUCGGAAUCCGCUGUUAUGGAAAACAUUUGGACAGCUUGUCGCUCGUGUCGGUUUCAGAGGCGAGCAGAUCGAUCGAAACGAGAUGGCUUGA